AUGGACCAUCAUGAUGCUACUCUAAUUGAAUUUUGUGGAAAAUAUAAUUGCUGGGGUACAUAUUUUGAAUCACAAUACCGUGAUAAUGAAAUUAGCUAUGCCACCGGGAGUUUGAUUCUUGAUAAUCAAAUUAGGCCAGAAACUUUGUUUAGACAGGCCAUUCAACCAGGCUAG